AUGGCUUCUCGCUUCUUUCCUUCGCGUAGAACAGGCUUUGCCCUGGUUGCAGGAUGUCUCUUGUUCUCCGCCCUGGCUGCCGCCAAAGUGAGCCCCGGGGAGCUCUCUGUCAGCCAGAUAGAGGAGCAAUUGCAGAGCUGUCCGCUAGUCGAGUCACUUAAUGAACACAAGCGUGCUACUCGCCCAGAAACUACUAGCUUGACAUCGAAGAUCUUCGCGGUCCUCUUCCCCAGCACCCCAGCCGUGAAUGCGCUGCUCGCAACUCUGUACAUCUCCGGUCCACCCAACUUUCUCCUGGCACUAUGCCCACCGAACAUCGACCCCUCCUCACUCUCCGUGAUGGUCGCCUUUGCUGUCGGCGGCCUCCUCGGUGACACACUCUUCCACCUCCUCCCGGAGAUAUUCGUCGGCGAAGCCUCCCCAGACCACGUCAGCUUUGUAAUGGUCGAGCCAAACAAGAACCUUCUCCUCGGCCUCGGCAUCAUGGUCGGCUUCUUCACCUUCGUCGCAAUGGACAAGACGCUGCGCAUCUUGACAGGCGGGGAGGGCGGCCACGACCACUCGCACAGCCACACACACACCGAGUCCAUUUCCGCAACUACCUCCAGCUCCGAGACUAAGAAAUCCACCGGCGAGCUGAAGAAGCGCAAGUCCGCAAAGCAGACUGAGCCCGUCCCUGAGAAAGAGAUUAACCCCAGCGUCAAGCUCGGCGGGUACCUCAAUCUCAUUGCUGACUUCACGCACAAUAUCACCGACGGCCUUGCGCUAUCUUCUUCUUUCUAUGCGUCGCCUACCAUCGGCGCCACGACUACGGUUGCCGUUUUCUUCCAUGAGAUCCCACAUGAAGUCGGUGAUUUCGCUCUGCUUAUCCAGUCUGGCUUCUCGAAGCGCAAGGCUAUGGGUGCGCAGUUUGUUACUGCUAUCGGUGCUUUCUUGGGUACGUCGAUUGGCAUUGCUGUUCAGGAGUUUGGUGGUAAUGGAACCAUGUUGGAUGAUGCCUCGUCUGUUGGGCUUAUGGGGACUAGCCUUACGUGGGGUGAUAUGCUUCUUCCUUUCACGGCCGGUACGUUUUUGUAUGUUGGUACCGUGGCUGUGAUUCCUGAGUUGCUGGAGACUGGUAAGGAUAAGGGUGUUGAGGUGCGGAAAACUAUCACGCAGUUUUUGGCGGUUGCUCUUGGUGCUGGUAUUAUGCUUGCUAUUUCUUGGGAUUGA